UCUGUGGUUAAGAUGGCGGCUGUGGGGGGUGAGGGGGCGAGUCCGUGACGGCCUGUCCGGAGAACGGCGGCGAGGCGUGGGGGACGAGGCAGCUCUGGGAAGCGCCGGGUGCGGCUUCUAAAGCGGGGUAGGGGGCGGAAUGUGAGCAGGAGGAGGAGACGGAGGGCUCUGGCGGGGGCCCAGAACGGGAGGAGAGCGGGGAUGGGCCAGCAGGUGGGCCGCGUCGGCGAGCCGGGUGCCGCUGCGCUUCAACAUCAGCCGCCACCGCCGCCGCCGCCGCAACAGCAGCAGCAGCAGCAGCAGCUGCUGCCUCUUUCCCAGCCACAGUCUCAACCCAGAGGGCUUCGUGGGAGUAAUAGCAGCGGGAGUAGGCCUGCCAGCCGGAGGCGAGAAACGGCCGCUCCGCGAGCUGCCGACAGCGGCUUCAAUAUCUUCACCCAGCACGAGGCUCUCCACCGCCCUUUUGGUUGUGACACUGAACCACAGGCACUGAAUGAAGCCAUCAGGUGGAGUUCCAAGGAGAAUCUUCUAGGAGCCACUGAGAGUGACCCCAAUCUUUUUGUUGCACUUUAUGAUUUUGUAGCAAGUGGUGACAACACACUCAGCAUCACCAAAGGUGAGAAGCUACGUGUAUUGGGUUACAAUCAAAAUGGUGAAUGGAGUGAAGUACGCUCCAAAAAUGGACAAGGAUGGGUGCCAAGUAACUACAUCACUCCAGUAAACAGCCUGGAGAAGCAUUCCUGGUAUCAUGGACCAGUAUCACGCAGUGCAGCUGAAUAUCUGUUGAGCAGCCUCAUUAAUGGCAGCUUCCUUGUUCGAGAAAGUGAGAGCAGUCCAGGACAGCUGUCAAUCUCACUCAGGUACGAGGGACGUGUUUACCACUACAGGAUCAAUACCACCACAGAUGGCAAGGUAUAUGUGACAGCUGAAAGUCGCUUUAACACAUUGGCAGAACUAGUUCACCACCACUCAACAGUAGCUGAUGGCCUUGUAACAACUUUGCACUACCCAGCACCCAAGUGCAAUAAGCCCACAGUCUAUGGAGUGUCACCCAUCCAUGACAAAUGGGAGAUGGAAAGAACAGAUAUCACCAUGAAGCACAAACUCGGGGGAGGACAAUAUGGUGAAGUGUAUGUUGGGGUAUGGAAGAAAUAUAACCUUACAGUUGCAGUGAAAACACUCAAGGAAGAUACUAUGGAGGUAGAAGAGUUCUUGAAAGAAGCUUCUGUCAUGAAGGAAAUCAAGCAUCCAAAUCUAGUACAAUUAUUAGGUGUUUGCACCCUAGAACCCCCUUUUUAUAUAGUAACCGAAUAUAUGCCCUAUGGGAACCUGCUGGACUACCUACGAGAGUGCAAUCGGGAAGAAGUGACUGCUGUUGUCUUGCUGUACAUGGCCACCCAAAUAUCUUCUGCCAUGGAGUACCUGGAGAAGAAGAAUUUCAUUCACAGGGAUCUAGCAGCUCGGAAUUGUUUGGUGGGAGAAAAUCAUGUGGUGAAAGUAGCUGACUUUGGAUUAAGCAGACUGAUGACGGGUGAUACCUAUACAGCUCAUGCUGGAGCAAAGUUUCCUAUCAAAUGGACAGCACCGGAAAGUUUGGCCUACAACACAUUUUCAAUCAAAUCAGAUGUUUGGGCUUUUGGAGUUUUGCUGUGGGAGAUUGCCACUUAUGGAAUGUCCCCCUAUCCCGGCAUUGACCUUUCUCAAGUUUAUGAUCUGUUGGAGAAAGGUUACAGGAUGGAACAACCUGAAGGUUGCCCGCCAAAGGUCUAUGAACUUAUGAGAGCAUGCUGGAAAUGGAGUCCCCUAGAUAGACCUUCAUUUGCUGAAACUCACCAAGCUUUUGAAACCAUGUUUCAUGAUUCUAGCAUCUCUGAAGAAGUGGCAGAAGAACUUGGAAGGACCGCAUCCUCUUCUUCAAUAGUUCCAUAUUUGCCUCGGUUACCUAUACUUCCUUCCAAGACUAGAACCUUAAAAAAACAAACAGAAAACAAAGAGAAUAUUGAAGGAGCACAGGAGAUCAUAGAGCACUCUGCAUCCAGUUCUGCUCCAGGUUUUAUCAGAAGCACACAGCAGACCAGCGGAUCCCCAGCACUACCUCGUAAACAGAGAGACAAGUCACCUAGUGGCCUGUUAGAAGAUACUAGAGAAACUACCUUUACCAGAGACAGAAAAGGUGGUUUCUUUAGCUCGUUUAUGAAAAAGAAAAAUGCCCCUACGCCCCCCAAACGCAGCAGUUCCUUCCGUGAAAUGGAAAACCAGGCUCAUAAGAAGUAUGAAUUAACGGGUAAUUUUUCCGGAGUUGGUCCAUUGCAGCAUAUUGAUGGAUUUUCAUUUACUCCGUCCCAGCCAGAUGGAAAUCUUUGCUUAUCCAAGUGUUAUAUUGGGAGCUUUGCACAGCGGAACUUCUAUGGGGAAGAUGGGGGUGGCAGCAGCAGUGGGGGCACAAGCAUUGGUAGUGGUUGGUCAGGCCUCACAGGCUUCUUUACACCUCGCCUGAUUAAAAAGACAUUUGGCUUACGAGCCGGGAGGCCCACUGGAGGUGAUGAAGCUUCAAAACCUUUUCCCCGAUCAAACUCCACAUCUUCCAUGUCUGCAGGUCUUCCUGAGCAGGAGAGAAUGGCAAUGACUCUUCCCCGAAAUUGCCACAGGUCCAAAGUUCAGCUGGAAAGGACAGUAUCCACUUCCUCCGAGCCCGAGGAGAACACAGACAAGUCCAAUGAUCUUCUCCCUAAAAAGGGUGAAGAUAUUCAAACGCUGACCAGAAGCCGACCAAAAACUAAACUGCUGCCGAGGGGUGCUACAGCUGUUCCUCUCAGGACUCCUUCUGUGGACACAUCUGUUUCAGAGAAGGAUUGUCACGGGCCAACAGCAGCAGCAAGCCUGAAAAGCAAAGAAAAAAACAGUGGGAUACGACAAGGUUCAGUAGAAGGGGAAGAAAAACCAGGCUGGCCUUCUCCAGCCAAGGCUGCAGCAAUACUUCCAACCACUCAUAAUCACAAAGUGCCCGUUCUUAUCUCACCUACUCUGAAGCAUACACCAGCUGAGGUGCAGCUCAUUGGCACAGACUCUCAGGGGAAUCGGUUCAAGCUCUUAUCUGAGCAUCAGGGCACUGCUUCUAGUGACAGGGAUAGACCCAGACGGAUAAAACCAAAGUGUGCUCCACCUCCGCCGCCGCCGCCGCCUCCACCACAAGCAGUCCUGAGGCUCCUUCAUCAGCCUCCAGGCACCUCAGAUACAGUAGAAGAGUUGGAUAAUGGAGCAUUGGUACAGCACGGGCAAGAUAGUGAGGGCAGCAAAAAGGUAACAGUGGCACCUACUGGUGGAAAAGCUGCAAGGCCAAUCAUGCCUCCACCUCAAGUGCCUUUGCCAUUGUCUUCGUCACCUGCCAAAAUGGCCAAUGGCACAGCGGGAGCUAAAGUUGCUCUGAGAAAGACCAAGCAGACAGCUGAGAGAAUCUCAGCAGACAAGAUCAGCAAAGAGGCGCUUCUGGAAUGUGCAGACCUCUUCUCCAGUGCCAUUGCAGAGCCUACCACCAAUAGCCAGCUGGUAGAUACUGGGCACCAACUAUUAGAUUACUGUUCAGGUUAUGUGGAUUGCAUCCCCCAAACACGCAACAAAUUUGCCUUCCGGGAAGCCGUAAGCAAACUGGAACUUAGCCUGCAGGAACUGCAGGUGUCCUCGAUGGCUGCUAAUCUGUCUGGAGCAAAUCCUGUACUUAAUAACUUAUUGUCUUGUGUACAAGAAAUCAGUGAUGUUGUUCAGAGGUAGCUACUGUCAAACCAUCUGCUUAGGAGAGAAAAAAAAAGUUCACAAAAUUGAGAGAAGAGUCAGAGUGACUUCUUCUAAUCAUUUUUUCCCUAUGUUAAUGUUUUGAAAGAAGAGACUGAUACUUGAGUAAGUUUUAUGUGAAGUACCUCAGAUCAUUGAGCUCACAUGUUUACAGGUUCAUCUCAGUACAUGGGGCAGAUAAGAGGGAAGCAAAGUUUCACAGGGGUUAGAUGAUUGCAGCUGAGACGGGCAAAAUAUUGGGAAUUUGCCUUUGUGAGAAAAUUGCAAAAAUAGAGCUUGGGCUCUUGUUCACUUCUGGGAGGAAGGAGAUUCCACGAAGGUACCCUUGAUUUGAUAAGGUGCUUUAUUCUCUUUGAUGCUUGUCCAGUUGAUUAGAAUUACUGGAAAAGAGAUGAGGUUCUUUUUCUGCACUACUCUGUGUUUUAACUUUCUGAGGUCAUAUCAGAAAGGCUUAGAGGUGCCAUUGGAAGUCAACUAGAUCUUUCCAAGAAAGAGGAUAAUUUUGAGGGAAAGUCUUUUAUAUUUUUUAAAAAAAAGAUUGGCACUGUAGGAUGUGUAUGCACUAGCCUGUCUGGUAGACCUUCUGCAGUGCAAUUGGUUGCUGUAUUCGUAGAUGCAAAAAACAAAAACAACAAAAGAGCUGGAAUAUGAAAUGCAUCCCCCUUUAUCAUCCCCAUCUGAUAUUAGUCACUCAUACGUUCACUCUUUCACAGCAUGAAUGUUAAAUUGAAUGACAAUUUAAGCAGACUUGCCACUGGAUUUCACACAAUCACACCUUACACUCAUACUGCAGUCUUCACCACGUGGGUAGCAUAGCAUGGUUAGCUAACCAAUGGCAAUCACUUGAGUUCUUUGGGGGGAUAGCAUGCCCAAGAAACUGUUAAUUUAUCUCUGGCAUUGAACUUUGGUACAGUGGUGGCUUUGCUAUCCCUUGAGGAGCCCUUUUGAAUUAAAAACACUGCAGAAUGUUGCUAGUGUUCUCUACAUUCCUAUUUUAUUUACCUUAAUGUCAUUUCUUUUUGAGAGAACUAGAGACCUGAGGCCUUCAUGUUUUCUAGUAGAACUAUAAAUUUGCUCUUGGAAUACCAAUUCAAGUGUAUUGCUGAUAGGGAUUCUUUGUUUAGAUUUUUGCUUUAUUUGUAGUUUCAAGACACUGCCUGCACAUGGAUGCAUUAUAAGUGAUUAGUCUGGAUAAACAUGCCGUCUCCCUUCAAGUAGUCCAGUUGCAAAACUCAUCCUCUAAAGUCCACUUGCUAUGGGACCACUAAUUUCAAAAAUCCACUGAUGUUAAGUAAAUGAUAUUGGGGUUUUUCUGUGAUUACUGUGACUUUAAACUAGCAUUUGCACAACACGUUUGCUUCUGAAAGGUAGAGAAAUCAGGCUAAAUGCUUCCACAAGGCCUAUUUUUUUUUGUUUAUGCCAGAUCCCCUGAACUCAUUCUGUUUAUUGAAAUUCUGCAACAAACUGUUGAACAAUGGAGCUGUGGUUUCCCAUUUUUUUUGUCAAGAAACAAAACAAGGAAGGUAUAGGAUAUUUGAUACUUGAAAGGCUUAAUAGAAAGAAAUCAUGAAGACCCUGUUUGAAAUGUCUUGGGAAUCCUGAUUCCCACCACAUAACAUGGUGGAUACCGUUUUGUUCUCUGGAGCUGUUUAGCUACCAUUAAUUAGUUACGUUAUGGCCUCAGUCACAAGUGGGUUAUUCAUUUCAGCCUUAAACCAUACAUAAAUGGAAGAGUUUUUAGCCAUAUUGUGUGGAGAAGGAAAUUGAAAGCACAUUCAUAGUAACUGAACAUGCAACAUUAUUAGAUGGGGAAAACCCACAGAAUAAAAGCACAUUUGGGUUCCAUUUCUGAUUCAGAAUAAUAAGGUCUUCACAUAAGCAGGUUCUGCAAUGCUUCGGAUCCAAAGGGGGAAAAUGCUAAAGAGCAUCCAGAGCAACUCACAUAGUAUCUAUUUGCAAUUUGUCUUUUUUUCUUGGGAUUGUGCGGUAGCUAACACUAGCAUGCAGAGGUUUUAAGUAGUUUUCAAUGGGUUCUAUGGGACUGUUCCCCGUACCUGGAAUCAUUAUUCCUAUUUUGAAUCCAAACUGCUGCACAGCUUUAGAGAACAGUACAUGCUGCAGACGUCCAAUGCACAAUUUCUUUCAUUUCUGAGCAAGAAAAAAAUGGGUAUCUAUACCUGUGUCUACAAUCCCCAUUCUCAUCAUGCAGACACUUUUUUUUUCUUGAUGGCUUUUCGAAUUGGCCUCUGGUGCCCAUUGCAUCUUCCAUUACUGUUCUGCUUUCCUGAGAGAAUUCUGGAUUUGAGUUAUUCGGAUAUUAUUUACAUGUUGGACAGUGGUUUAUAUAAUAUGUUUACGUUCACCAUAUGCUGCUCUUAAUACAAAAUCUGUUUUAAAAAUGCAAGGGCCUGGAAUUUCAUAUAUGCCUGGGAUAAUUUAUAAAAAUCUUCCCCUCACAGAAUUCUAAUUCUAUUGUCACUGAAAUUAUCGCUCCAAAAUAAAUCAGCUUUGUUCUGGUAAGUAACAGGUAGCUUGAGAUGGAGAAAAUUUACUUCUCUGAUAUUGCGCAUGUGUACACAAACACACACACACACACUACUGUUCAUGUCUGCAAAUUCCUUUUGCAUCAGACUUAAAAUCAUCCUGAUUGUCAUAGAAUUGUACAUUAUAUCAUUGAUACAGUUUAUUUAAACCAUUGAGUCCAACCUCCAACAAAUGUCUGCCCAGAUUAUACUAGAUUUCCAGUGAAGGGAAACUACUAUUUUACAAUAACUGAUUUGACUGUUGAACUGGUCCUCCUAUUUGAAAAUUAUUCUAACAUUCAGCAGGAAUACGGCUUGUUGAAAAUUAAGACCAUUUUCCUGUGGCCUGGUAUUUAUUUCCUUCUGUGAGCCAUCUUUUCUUAAUAUUGACUGGUUCCCUCAAUCUCUCCUGUUGCACUUGAUUUCCAGUCCCUGAUCAUCUUUGUUGCUUCUCUUUCUACUUGUUAUGGUCAUUUAAAAUUUUCUUAUAAGGGUAAUGGUCUGAGGGAAAUGGGUGAUUAAGUGUGAUAUAAAAUAAAUACUAAGAACUGGAGUGGACAUAAUACUUAAGUUCAGUUCAGAACAGAAUGGGACAAUUACUUCCUGUGAUUUGGAAAAGAAGGAAUAUAUAGAACACCCUACUGUGCUUUUCUUCAUAACAGCUCUGUGAGAAAAAGGGGGGCUAAUAAAAGACUGGUCCAAAGCCACCAAUGAGGCCAAAGUUGGACUUGACUCUAAGGUUUUCUUGCUCUGUCUCACCUGUCAACUAAGAGUGCGAAUUCCUUUAACAACUGUUCCUUAGCUAGGUGAAAUAUAAACAAUCUGUUCUUCAUAAUUGCUCAGGAUGUAUGCCCUCUUUGGACAAGACUGAAUAAGAAUCAAGCAGUCUUCACUGUUUUCAUUGACCAGCUGACACAUUGUAGCUGUACACAUAUGUUGAACCUCCUUUUGGAAGAUUCUUAGGAUUGUUUGUUUAACUUUGGCUCAUUCUGAGUUUUAGUUUUCAUUAUGCCAUCUCUACAAAUCCAGGUAAUCUGCAGAUAUUCUUCCUUGGUGAUCUUCCCCCUUUCAAAACUUCUAUAUGUGCCCUUUUUAUCAUUGGAUCUUUCUUAAGUUAUUUUUGCAGACACAUUGGUUUCUGCUAAAAUUUUUCUCCUUUGUUUACUGUUCUGUUAGGGUUUCCUUGGGCACAUUUUCUCAUUAGCUUUUCCAGCAGUUCUACCUGCCACUGCACCUUUGUUAGUAUCUUAUUUUCAUCAAUUAGAAGCAUUAAUCUAAAUUCAUUUAGGGCCAAAUUUCAUGUACCUUUUAAUUUUUUAAUUGGUCAUGUUUAAGUAUUGAAAGUUUAAAACAUUGCAUGUUUAUUGGUUUUUAUGGUGAACCUUUUGGUGAUUGUGUAAAUACGAAAUUAUCAUGGAAUCUGUACACAAUAUAUGCUAGUGAAAAAAAUGAAAAGAAUCACUUUUGCUUCAUAGGCCAGACUGUACCAGGCUAUGCAUUAAGUUCAAGUGAAAAAAAUGCAAUUCAUCAAAACUUACAGUUCUUGGCCCAUGCUUCUUUGUUGAAUUUUCGGUAUAAUGAUGAACAUAUCCAAAAUUUGGGAGAGUGAAUCAAAGAAAUCACCCCUUAAAAAGAGAUAAGUGUAAUGUGUGUGGGUAUGGGAUGGAAACUAAUCAAGGGAUCAUUAGGGGACUCUGAAUAAUAUCUGCUAGGCAUUGAAAGCUUUAAAGCCAUUGCCCCAAACUGGUAUCUUCCAGAAUCAGUAGUUGAAUUUCAGCUGUCAUACAUCUUAGUAUAAUCCAACCUAAGAUUUGAAUGAAGGCUGUUUGAGAUUGUACCGUACCUUGGAUAUGCAGAGAAUUUUUUCUGGUUUUGCAUGAGUUUCAGAUUACCAUUUUGAUCUUUCUUGAUAAUGAUAGGAAGAUGUUCUCUUUUGCUCAAGAAUGCCAUAAUUUCUUUUCAGACAAUAAUGCAUAAACUUUGCCUUUAUUACUUUUGUUGUUAUAAAUCUCUGCUUCGUGUCUUCUUUUAUUGGUUACCUUGCUACAGUGAAGAUAUGAGGGGCAGAACGGUAUAUUGUAUAUGCUGUUCUUGAAGCUGAGUAAGUCUAAACUGUAGUUCUAAACAUGACAGGAAUGCAUUAUCUGUUAAUUUGCACCUUUGAUAGAAGUUUCUACAGCCUAUUUGGGGCAAAGGGAUGAUGUUAAUAGUUAAUGGAAUCUUAUGAGAGAACUCUGGUUUUAGUUGAUGGAAUAGUUUGUGUUCUAUUGGUUCCUUGCUCAAUUCAAAAUGUUCCCAGGUUGCCUUGGAAACUGUAAGAACCGAAUCAGUCCCAUAAUGUGAAAUAGCGUUUUGGUAUUAUAUACAAUUCAUUCAAAAAUAAUAUUACUGUGCUCCUAAUAGCAGAAAUUCUAGAGCAGUGUGCUUGUACUAUCAUGUUUUUUAAAAAAAUAAUAAUUGUAGUACUGUAGAUUGAUUGGCAAACUCCAGUUAAUUCAAAAUAUAGUACAAAAUAUCAGGCUUCUCCAGCAAAUUCAUCUCAAACUAAAAUCCAUGCGCGGUCUUGAACAAAUAGGAAUUUCCUGAGCACAUGGAUUUGCAAAAUAGUGAAAAAUUAUUUUUCCCCUGAGUAAGGAAUAUUAGAUGCUCAAAAAAUGGUUCUAAUUUUGGGGAACUAAGGGCUCCUGUGAAUGGAAUAAUGUUGCAGGAACAAUUUGCAAGCUGUUAGAGGUAGGAUUACUAAGGUAGUUGUGUCAUGCAGGUUUUUUUAAAAAAAUAUAAACCUACAGAUUUUUAUUGUUUGAUUUUCUCAUUGCUCCUCUGUUCUUUUAGUGGUUUGCUGCUGAAAUUUCACAGGACAGUUUUUAGGGAGUCAAUAACCAAAAGAAUUGUACGCUUACCCGAAGCUCUGCAUUGAAAAUUAACACUUUCAGCAACAUUUUUGUUGAUUCUCUAGUCUUAAAGCAGAAUUGAAGAUAAAACAUUCAUUCUCUAAGGAAGUUGUUCUGCUGAAUAGCAUAUUAUGACGCUAUAUGAGUAGAGAUGCGAAGUCUAAAAUUUCUAUUUUAGAAGUAUAUAUCAUCAAAACUCUAAACAUGGAAAACACAGAUUUAAAACAGAUUAUUGUUUGGUCAUUGUCUUCAAAGCUGGCUAAAUAAUGCUCUCAAAUCCUUCUUGUUCAAAGUCCUUUUUUUUUUGCCAAAAACAAGGGGAAAAAGUUUUUGCUUUCCACCUCAUGAAAAAAAAUUAUUGCUAAAUUAUGAAGAUACAUUUCAUACAUGUUUUACAUAUUAAAGCUUGUCCAAUCUUUGUGUUAUUUCAGAAUUAAGUAUUGCUUAAAAAUGGCCAUCAAUUUACAAAACUUUGUCACAUGCUUCAUUUCUUUCCCUCUAUUUUUGAUCUGAAUGGAAGCGCAACCCCUUUUCCCUCAUCUCAGUGCAAUCUAGGAAAGGUUUUUAUUGAUUGAUUUUGCUCAUUUGCUAGAAGUUUUCCCAAGCAGCUACUGGACAUCCCAAUUUUAGACUGCAUGGAUCUUGGAACUAUAUUUAACUGAAAGGAAAUGAGCCUUCAUUUAAGAUGACCCCUCUCCACAAAAGAUUAAAGAGAAGUAGUCCUUCUCAAUUACUCAUUGCUCAGUCUCCUAUUGAUAUAUGAUGAGCCCCUAUAUUAAAAAUUAACUUGGAAACAUCUAGUCUUUCUUUCAAGCAAAUAGACUAUUGGCUAGUCCCCUUUUCUGCUUCUUAAUGGAUGGCGUGCUUGUUUUAAAAUACAGACUUAGGAAAUGCUGAAAUGACUAAAGCAAUGACCAUGAUCAGACACCACUUUCUAUUUUCCAUUCACAGUACUGUAUUAAGAGUUGCCUGUGCACAGUUGGUUCAAGUACAACUCUUGAUGUGAAAAUGUGGCCUUUUCCUCUAAUCCAGAAAAGUGGCAUAUUAGGAAUGUGUAAUUUCUCUAAAGUUGCCUAGGACAAAAAUGGCCAACGUUGUAUGAUGUGUAAGAGGUAGCUUUCCAGAGGGCGGGGGAGGGGGGGAAUGGCUAAGGAUUUUAAUCAACCCAGCACUCUGUUAGUUGAAUUCACUGAGGAUUAAAAUGGGUGAAACUGAAAUGUGCGACUGACACAGAAAAACCCACACUACUAGUGUUGUCAAAUGUUACUUUGUUUUUUGUUGUUGUUUGUAAUAUAUUUGGUUUUUUUCUAAUUUAAAUUUUCACUAUUUCCUGACUGUGAACUGCAAACAGUGUUAACUUGAUGUAAGUAAGGCCCUUGGAGGCAUUGCCUCUGCCUGUUCCAGAGAUUUUUGCCAAUUUGCAUUUUGUUUUAAAUAAAAAUUGCAAUAUUUUAUUGGCAAUUAAA